AGCGGUCUUGGGAAAAGUCCCUCGAGUAAACCACAUAAAGCUCAAAACAAAUUUCGUCCAGGAUGCUUCCUGCUAGGAAUUCUGACUUGGAACGCUUUAGUGAAGACAAGGUGUUGAUUUUGAGGAAUAAGAUCAUCGCAACAAAGGUGAUUUUGAUGGCAAUUGUGAUUGACUCUGAGAUCGUCGGUUAGUAAGCAAGCUGAAUGUGAGGACUAGCCUGGCGACAGACACUAUGACGUUAUUGCAGAUACCUGACCUUGAUAAGAAUGGGGAUGGAUUAUAUUAAUGCUUACUCCAGAGAGCGAACAAGAAGACCCACCAACCAGGAUGUCGACCGCACUCAAACUUUCCGAUUCCCUGGCAGCCGGCAUGUGGACGGUUGCCCUGAUGAUCAUCUUCAUCAACGUGCUUCUUAUUGUCAUGGGCUGGCCGCGGAAGAAAGAGAACACCGUCAAUGGAUUUUACCUGUACUACCUGUUGCUCUGUAACCUUCUGACAGCGAUCUUCGUCUUGCUACUCGCGUCCAUGAACAACGGUAUCAAGGAGGACGAUGGUGAGGAUGAGAAAUACAGAGCCCUCUGCUCCUUCUCCGGGUAUGUAGGGAUCGCGUCUUGGUUGCUGUCUCUGUCAGGGAUGUUGACCAUGGCCAGCAACAUCCUGCUCUGGCUGCUUUUCCCGCGACGAUUCAAACGAGGGAAGAACUACUUACCGAAGAUGCGGGCCAUCGCUUUCAUUGAAGCUCUGAUCAUCAUCGUGGUCCUUAUCGUGCCGUUUCUCCCGGUUGAUGUCUUCGAGAUUGCACAAGGGAGCUCUCGCCACAGACUAUGUCUUCCUCUGUAUCACCUCUUCACUCCAAUGUGGGAGGUCACACUUGUUCUCUACGUCUUGGAAUCCCUUGGCAUCUUCAUCAUCUUCCUCCUAUGUGCCGUGAUGUUCUGCCAUCUCGGUCGACAACAGAACAUUCUCGAGUCUGCCAUUCCAAUGGAAGCGCGAGUCGUCCGGAAGAACUCUCUCCUGGUGAAGAGAUUGUCUUGUCUAUAUCUUGGGAUGGGAUUCUUCUGGAUCCCGCCGCUUCUGACACUACUCUGCAUGUUUGCUGGGAUUAAUGUAUCUGACACAGUGCUCCAGUGGAUGUUCGGGGUGGUUCAACCGUUUGGGAGUGCGGCAGGACCUUUCCUGUACCUGCUUAGGGUUAGCUGUAAAAAUUACACUUUUUCGUCAUGUCUAAAAGGAGCAAAAAACAAAGGACAAAAUGACGUUGAGAAGACCAAGAACGCGGUGCAACUGCAAGUCGGUCAGAUGACCGGAACCAUUACAGUGCCGAAGAAGAUGGAUGUCUAUAGGAUGGCAAACGGAAAGGACGCUACUGCAUCCGUAGAAAGCGUCUCAUCACCUAGCCAGAGGAGCGGUAAAUGCUUAAAUGCACCACCCGUGGUGCACUGGGUGGAGACGGUGCCGAUCAUUGGGCGUCAUAUGAACAUGAACUUUGGCAUCGUCGAGUGGCAAUCAAAGAACGGGUCACCUCGUCGCGGUCUCCUAAAGAUCUUCACCAAGCCUCACACAAGGGAAUGGCGCAAUGAGUCUGCCAUACUGUACAGAUUGAGCAAACUGGAACAUCACCGUAACAUUGUGGAGUAUCUGUGGCACUCUAAGAGUUCACAGACCAAGCUGGACCGGGUCCAGAGAUCUCCGGAUACCCAUGAUGAGAAGUCGACUCUCCAGAGGUUCGUCUGUACGGCUUAUUAUCAACACGGCACCCUACGAGACUUCCUUCAUAGUCAUCCACGUACGAUACAAGACAGCCAUGUGCACGCCAUAGCAACGCAGGUAUCAGCAGGGAUGGCCUACCUGCAUGCAAUGAGCAUCGUUCACGGUCUAGUGGAGACAACCAGUGUUCUCAUUGGAGGUCAUGUAGAGCAAUGUGAUGGUGAAGGUGACAUUGUAGACACCUUGUACGCUAAGACUGGGGGCCUCAGUCGACCCUCAGGGAUGUGUAUUCAGCUGCACCCUGCAGGCCAAUUAUUCAUGACUGCAUGGGAUGGGGAGGGAAAGGGGUUUGGGGAUGAGGACAUUAAAGAGACGUUGUGA